AUGGAAAACAUUACUCUCAACCUUAGCAUGAACAACAGUCUCAAAGGAGUCUUUGCUAUGACGGGAGACGCCCAAUGUUUCAGAUUCACAGACAGCGCCGCCUUAAAAGCGCUCAUGAUCAUCGCUUACAGUAUUGUGAUGGUAACUUCCAUCGUAGGAAACACCAUAUUAGCAUUCGUCUAUUUCAAGAGCAAAAGCAUGAAGAAUACCGUCAACUGUUGUAUAAUGAACAUGGUGUUCGCAGAUUUCCUCCUGACAUUAGUAUACAUGCCGCGGAUGAUGAGCCGAGUUUUUAUUGGACUUAAAUGGGUUGUUGGGGGAAUCCCAGGACUUGUACUUUGUAAAAUUGUGUCUUUAUCACAUGAAAUUUCAAUCUGCGUCUCUGUCUUGACCGUUGUAGUCAUCGCCUUUGAGAGAUUCUUCGCAGUGGCGUUCCCAUUACGAGUGGUCAUCUCGAGGAAGGUCUCCGUUGGUUUGUUAUGCGGCACUUGGCUGAUCGCAUUAGCUGCUCGAUCUCCAAUGUUUUACGGUGUUAAAAUGGUUCGUUUCCAAUCUGGUGACCUUGGAUGUCUUUGGUUUCCCGGUCUCAUCUUUCAAACUGAAAGGGCAAUAAAGUUUUACCAUUACUUCAUGGUAGUCGUAUUUUAUGGGCUACCACUUUUAUUCAUUAUCACAUUAUACACAGCGAUCGUGAUCUUUUUACGACGUCGAACAGGACUGAUUGAUAAUGUCACAAGACGAGGAGCCUUGGCCACCAACAGAAAGGUCACUAAGAUGAUUCUUGCUGUUAUCACUGCAUUCCUUCUCUGCUGGUUGUUGUAUUUUCUUCUUUUGCCUUUAGACGGAUUUUGGAAUGGGUCCAUUCCCUGUGGACUGUAUUUCGUACGAUUUUUCCUAGGUCACGUUAACAGCGCCUGCAAUCCAAUCAUUUGUUUAGUGUUCAGCGAGAAUUAUCGAAAUGGUAUCAGUAGAGCACAAAGGCAACUCAAAUGGCAUAAUCCAGGAAGGCACAUUUUACGAGUAUCUUCUACACGAAAUCGUUCAGUAUCCAAUAUGGAGUUGUUAAGUGUAAGGACAUUAGAAACCGAUGAGAGUUCUGAAUAUUCCAGAGCAACCCUCAAUUCAGCUCUCCAACAUGGCGAACAUUGUGUUUAG